AUGUUGAAAAAGACCGCGACUGGAACUUGGCUGCCCGCAUGGGUUCCGGAGUCUACAGCAACACUCUCCAUCCUGUUGCUGAUCUGCUCCAUCGUUCAAUCUGCAACGGGUGGCUAUGACGGAUCAAUGCUCAACGGCCUCAAUAUCCUACCAUCCUACACCGAUUAUUUCAAUCUGAAUAAUGCAACUACCGGAUUGAAUACCGCGUCCGUGUCUAUCGGUGGUUUGCUCGGCCCACUUAUCUCGGGUGUCAUGACAGAUAGAUUGGGUCGGCGCCCGGCCAUUUUUUGGGGUUCGAUAUUGACCAUUGUCGGAAUCAUUCUGCAGACUGCCGCCCAGAACAUUGCCAUGUUCGUGGUCGCCCGAAUCAUUCUUGGGUUUGGGUCUGCCAUCACAGGCAUUGCUGGAGGAGUGUAUCUUGCGGAAUCGUUUCCGAGUCGGUGGCGUGCGUGGGGAGUCGGUCUGUUGAACGAUUUUUAUUACGUCGGAGCCUUGAUCGCGGCCGGAGUUACCCUCGGCACUGGUCAGUGGGAGUCUACGUGGGCUUGGAGAGCCCCUUCGCUCCUCCAAGCGGUUUUCUCACUGCUUUGCAUCCUCACGCUACCAUUCAUUUUGAGGACUAAAAGCCAGUACAGCCCCGAGUCCCCUCGCUGGCUUGUUCACCAAGGAUACUAUACAGAGGCCCGUAUUUCCGUGGCACAGACAAACGCAAAUGGCAACCUUGCCGAUCCAAUUGUUAUUGCAAUUUUCAAAGAGAUUGUGGAUACUUUGAAGUGGGAAAAGGAAAACGGGCAUGAUAUGAGCCCUGUUGAGAUCUUCAAGUCCCCUUCCGCCCGAAGGCGACUGCUUAUUGGAAUGUCCCCGGGCCCAUUCUCUUGUAUUGCAGGGAAUAUCAUCGCUUCAUACUAUUUUGGGUCGGAGCUUGACACAGCUGGUAUCACUAAUACGAACGAUCAGCUCAAGGCGAACGUGGUUCUCAAUGUCUGGUGCCUUGCCUGUUGCCUUGUAGGCACUCACCUGAUCGCCAGAUGGGGACGGAAGCCUACAGCAAUGCUGUCCCAGAUUCUGCUCAGCGCUUGUUUGUUCAUUAUUGGCGGGCUGUCGAAGACUUAUGCAUCUGACCCACACGGCGCAUCAAACUCCCUUGUUUAUGGUAAUGUGGCAGUGAUGUUUCUCUUCCAAGGAUUCUACUCUGUUGCAUGGACGCCUCUUCUAUAUCUCUAUCCACCUGAGAUAAUGAAUUACUCUAUUCGCGCCAAUGGAAUGGCGUUUUCAUCCUUUGUUCUCAACGCGUUUGCUCUCGUCUUCACAUUUAUCAUGCCAAUUGGUCUAGGAAACAUUGGAUGGAAGAUGUACAUGAUCAACGCAUCGUGGGACCUUGUAAUUCUCGGCCUGAUCUCGCAGGCGUAUUAUUGGGUCGAAACCAAGGGUAAGACUUUGGAGGAGAUUGACGCGCUAUUUGAAGGAGAGAAACACUCCUCGGUCCCGGAUGUCGAGAAAGUCCGACGCGGUCAGAAAGAGCUUGAUACCGAUGUGGUAGAGGAUCAGCUGGCUGCGGAGCUGGGUCCUGUAUCUCUGAAGCAGUAG